AUGCGCGGCAUGGCUUAUAGCAUCGGGGUCCUGCUGGCCCUGGCAAGUGCCACGGUCACACAGGGCUGUAUCGCCCACGACCACCUGGUCCAGGAGCUGCUGCAGCGCAUGGAGAAAUCCAUCAAGUCACUGAACCCCAGCAUCCUGCUGGCCAUGAACCUGGCUGGAGCCACCCACAGCCAUGUCCACAACUGGCUGCUCCAGGAGAUAAAGAAGGAUGCAGUGGAGAGAGCCCAAAAAGACAUGACCUCGGGACAAGUGGCUCUGUACAUCCUCGCUCUCCUCUCCUCCUGCCAGGACCCCCGGUGUGUCCAUGCCAUGGGGAAGACCAUCAACCUGAUCCCCAUCCUGAAGCAGAAAAUGGAUGAGGAGAUAAGCAAAAACGUGAUCACCUGGUACACAGAGAGCCUGGACACCCUGGCCCUGUGCCUGGUGAAGGAAUAUGACAACCAAGAUGCAGUUGAGGCCAUUGCCAAGGAGUUGCUGAACCAUAAGAGCUCCCCCCAUGUGGACACCCGGGCCAUGGCGGUACUGGCGCUGGUGUGUGCCUACAAGCACACAGGCAAGCAGGAUCUGAUCCGUGAUGCACUAAAGGCGGUGACCAACGAUUUUCUGGAUGAGCAAGAAAGGCGGAAUGGCAUGAUCGGGAAUAUCUACAGCAUGGGGCUGGCCCUGCAGGCUCUGGAGACCUCGAGUGAGUUUUACGCCCCUCGGAAGUGGGACCGUGCCCAGGCCUUCCGCGUGGUCUACAACCACGACUACAAAGAGCUCAUGGCCAUAGCCCAGGUGCUGCCUCCCCUCGUGGGCAAGUCGUACCUGAACGCAGGUAGGUGGGGCUGUACUGCCACCAACAGAAUGUCGCCGAGCCAACAGCUGCCCCCGUCUCCAAUGCUGGGGACAGUCGGGGUUCCAACUUGGACUACCAUCACGGUGCAGUUCUCCAUCACCAACACGCUGAAGAAUUACUUCCACUACUCCACCUCGGUGUGUGUCCCAGAUAACUCCACACUGCUCCAGGUGAUGAAGGUGGCAAGGAAUGAGAAACCUGACAUCUUUUGCUUCAAGAAGAAGAAGACAUUAAGGGGUCCCUUUGUGACCUCCAUCCACGGUUUGGCUGGCAAUGAAACUGAAAGGACCUACUGGCAGUUCUUCAGCUGCUGGAGUCCCCUCCAGGAAGGGGUUGGCACCUACAAGCCAAAAAACUGGGAGCACAUCCAAGCCAUCUUCAGCACCUACUGA